AUGGCAGAUACUUUGCUUCUCCGAGCUCUAAAAGGACAGCCAAAAAACCUCAAUUUGUCGAGUAAAAAUUUGAAUCAAGUACCAAAAGCAAUUGGGAGGCUUUCCUGUGUGACCAACUUCCAGCUGAAAAAUAAUAAAUUACGUGAUCUUCCGCGAGAAAUAAGCGGUUUAGUAAAGUUGACUGUUUUGAAUCUUGGAAAUAACUGCUUUGAGGAACUUCCAGAACAUCUUGCCACACUUCACUCACUUGAGAAACUGCAUUUAUUUGGCAACCAGAUCAAAUCUAUAGAUGCCAAGAUUUUAGGUGACCUCAGAAAUUUGACCUUCUUGAACUUGAACAACAAUCAAAUAAAAACAGUUCCUUCGGCAAUCAACAGGUUAGUAAGUCUGCAAUACCUUAGCCUUGAUGGCAACCAGUUAACUAACCUCCCAUCUGAGAUGUGUGCUCUUAGUAAGCUGACGGAGUUCCAUGCUGCAGGAAACCAGUUAACUUCUCUGCCAUUAGAGAUUGGUUUCCUUGUCAAGCUUAGCCGGUUACACAUACAGAAGAAUAAGAUCAAGGAGCUUCCAGAAGGAUUAGGGAAGUUAAUCCAUCUUGAGAUUGUUGAUGUAGCUGCAAAUGAGAUCAGGAUAUUUCCUACUGAAAUGCAUAAACUUCCAUUAAAGGAGCUGUAUAGUGAAGAGAAUCCAUUGCUAGAUGCAUUACCAGUACAUUCUAUACAAGAAGAAGAGAUUCUCACUUUAAAGGAAAUCAGUGCACGGUACAUCAUGAAAGAACUUAAAGACAGAUGGUCUUAUAUGCGCAGAGCAAUUCGUCACUAUCCCAACAUCCGAGAUAUGUUAGCACAAGCAAGCAAGUGUGCACUGUGUGGCUCUUCAUUUCUCAAUACUUGGCUGGAGUGUGUACGCUUUGUUGAUGGGCAUAAAGACCUAAAGUUGAGUAAUUCCCCAGGCCGCAUUCCAGUCCGUGCGUUGCUUUGCUCAUACAAAUGCUUCAAUACACCUGGGCAUGAAUUCUAUGGGAUUGCAUUCCCUUGAACAGCACCAAGUUUCCACUAGCCCUACCCUCCAACUAGUCUCACCAGCCUGCCCUGACCCUCUCCUGCCCUGCCCUGACCCUCUUCAUGGAAUUCUAGGUUAUUGCAUUCCCAUGAACAGCAUCAACCUCUCCCACUUCCCGCACCCUCCGACUCGUAUCACUUGUGCCCCACCCUCCUACUACCCCGCCUCUGACAAGUCUAUCCUCUCCCAACCCUCUCUAUCAUAGAAUUCUAGGUUAUUGCAUUCCCAUGAACAGCAUCAACCUCUCCCACUUCCCGCACCCUCCGACUCGUAUCACUUGUGCCCCACCCUCCUACUACCCCGCCUCUGACAAGUCUAUCCUCUCCCAACCCUCUCCAUCAUAGAAUUCUAUGGGCUUGCAUUCCCAUGAACAGCAUCAAGUUCCCUCUUCCACUGACACUAUUGGUAAUUACUCAAAAUAAUGAUUAUCAUAAAACCUUACUUGGUAAAAAGUAAUGGGGAGC